AUGUCCUCCGGCCAGUUUUGGACUAAAGUUUGUCUGCAAGCCGUCAGGAGCAAGCGAGGCGUGGCGGCCGCCUCAGCCUUCACCUCCGGCCUGGUGCAGGACCCCGAGCCCAGGAACCCGGGGACGCCACCGGGUCGGCAAAGCGGCCACCCCGACGCCCGCGGAAGGCACGAGCUCCACGCUGCCCGGGGCAGUGCAGGCGCCGCCGCUCUCGGCGGGAGGCGAGCUCCCGGGCCGGCCGGCAGGAAAGCAGAAGUUAGUGGCCUCUCUUCGCACGCAAGCACCUCUGCCGGGAAGCGGCCUGCACCCUGCGCUGAUCUGGGAGAUUCGCGCCUCGCCUCCCGAGAGACGCCCAGGUCACCCCCGGCGAGGCCGGCGCUUCACGUCCGGGGAGGGGAGCGGCGGCCGGGAGGCGCCGCCCGCCGGGGCCGAGACCACCGGAGUCUCUCCGGCUGCGUCCCGCUCUUCCCGGCGCCAACUUCUGCCUGGGACCCGUGCGAACUCCCCGAGCCGCUUCCGGCCGCGCAAGGGCGCGGGAACCGGGGACGCCAGCUCCGGGUCGGACAGGGGUGCUCCGUGGAGGCCCUGACCCCGGCAGGGCCUCGGCCCGCGACGCCAGGACGAGUCGCGAUCGCGGCGGGCCUGCUCCGCACCCUCACCCCCGCAGCCUCCGGCCUGGCCCCUUACCUGGCUCCCGGGCCGGGCGCGAGCAGCAGCCGGGGGCGCCGAGGCCCCGCGUGCGGCGAGGGCAGGGGCGGCGGCCGGGGUUCGAGAGGACUGCGGCCGGCGCGGCUCCCACGCUUUCCGCCCGAGUCAGGAGUUGAACAUUCCGCCUCUCCGCCCGCGCCAAUGAGGAAGACAGUCACGGCAACAGCACCACCUACCUCCGAGCGCGGAACGGCCGGGCCUCCCUGUUUGCGCGCCACACGCCCGCCGGCCCGGCCGCAGCGCAGAAGCGCCAGACAGCGAGGCGGGGGCGGGCGCUCGGGCUCCCAGGCUGCACCCCGAGGGCACCUUGCGCCCCGCGCCCUGGGCCCCUCCCAGGCCGCCGCACCCCUCAGACCGCACCCCAUACCGCGGGGGCGCGGGGAGAGGGGAAUUAGGAAAGAAGAAAUGAACUUCAGAGACAUGUUUCAGGAAGAGGUCACAGGAAUUGGUGAUCCACUAGAUGUGGAAAAGAAGAAAGAUGAUGCCAAGAUUUCAGACCUGGGUGACUAG